UGUACAACUGCGCCUUAAACAGUCGUGCAUUUUGUGCAAUUACCAAUUCCGCGCGUAAUACAUUCCUUCCGUUCUCAAUCCUGGACAUGUCGAAAUAAAAGGGUACUUGAAGUCUCUCCUAUCCUCGCUUAUUCCCGGUUGUAUUCGCGGCUGUGAAGCCCCAAAAGGUAAAGCCCGGGGCCCUCUUUAAAAUAAACUUUUUGGGAAUGCUGUUGGAGUAAAACAGUAAGUGUUGCUAAUAAAAUGGAUGUCGAGUCCGCAAAGGACAACCAGAGUUUCGAGGAUGGCAAGAUGUUAGUGUUCGUCCAUAUCAUUUAUAAAAUCCGACAUUCUACAAGAUGGUCCAUAAAGAAAAAAGAUCCCAGAAGAAAAAAACAUGUGAUAUUGAACGAAGCAUGUGGUGCGAUACGGCCAGGGCGUUUGACAUUUAUAUUAGGACCAUCUGGAGCUGGAAAGACUACGCUUAUGAACAUCCUGGCUGAGAGGAAGAAAAAAGGUGUGAUGGGCAGUCUGUACAGCGCUGGUCAGUGCUCGGUGUUGGUGGGACAGCACGCCACUCUGCUGGACACCCUGACAGCUAUGGAGACCCUCAGGUUCGCGGCCUGCCUCAAGCUGCCUCACUCUACCAAUCGCGAGAGGAUCCACACUAUAUCGCAGGUAGCAAGACAGCUGGGUAUUCAGGACGCCCUGAACACCAGGGCAGGCAACUUGUCUGGAGGUGAGAGGAAGCGGCUGACGGUUGCCUGCGAGCUGCUAGCUGACCCCACCUGCUUGUUACUCGACGAACCAACCAGUGGUCUCGACUCCUCAUCAUCAAUGUCGGUAGCGAGAGCUCUUCUGUCAGUGGCGAAGAGUGGUCGAACAGUGGCGUGCGUCAUCCACCAGCCGUCUUCGCAGCUGUUCAACACGGCUGAUGACGUCAUACUGCUGGCCAGCGGCAGAACCUUGUACUGCGGUCCUUUGACGGAUAUCCCUGAGACCCUCGGGAGAGCAGGCUUUGUUUGCCCGCAGUAUUAUAAUAUGGCUGAUUAUAUGUUGGAAAUAGCGAGCGGCGAGCACGUUGGAAAUUUGACUCUGUUGGAGAAUGAGGCAAAAAGUUAUUCGUACGAAAUGAGAAGAAUUGCCAAGAGUGAUAUACAUGAAAUUAAUGGGAAAGUAUUACCAGCGGAAGCUGAAGGUCUCCUAAGCACAAAGACCAGCAGGUCCCAGGACUACACUGCCAGCUCGGGACAACAACUCAAGGCACUGUUCUGGAGGUGUUGGAUCAGCUCACUGCGAGAUUUACACUUAACCCAAAUCCGGUUGGCGGCGCACCUGGUGGUGGCGAUGCUGAUGGGCGCGCUGUACCGGGGCGCGGGCGCUGACGCCGGCCGCAUCAUGUCCAACACCGGCUGUCUCUUCUUCUUCCUCCUGUUCCUUUUCUUCUCCAACGCUAUGCCACCUAUUCACACAUUUCCUGUCGAAGCUGCCGUAGUCCUUCAACAGCACUUGAAUAAAUGGUAUUCUUUGACUACGUACUGCAUAUCCAAGGUGCUUGUGGACCUUCCUAUCCAAUUGCUAUGCGCGACGGUCUUUCUACUGCCGGCAUGGUACAUGACAUCGCAGCCGCUGGACGCCCACAGAAUGGGCCUGGCUUGGCUCAUCAGCGUGUUGCUGACCAUCCUCGCACAAACCUUCGGCCUGCUGGUGGGCACUGCUUGUGAAGUUAAGCUGGGAUUAUUCGUGAUUCCCGCGGCUAACAUCCCUAUGUUGAUGUUCUCCGAAUUCUUCAUCCCGUACGACGAAAUGCCAGUGUACUUACGACCUUUCUCCACGAUCUCUUACUUCCGAUAUUCUUUCUCUGCAUUGCUCCAAACAGUGUACGGUUUCGACCGCGAAAAACUACCGUGUCUUAAAGACUUUUGCAUGUUUAAGGUACCAGCUAAAUAUCUCCAACAUUUAAACAUUACUAGAAACAUCAAUAUGGAUAUAGCCGCUUUGGUUAUUUGGAUUGUGUUGUUGCAAAUAUGCCUUAUCUGUGUUUUAGUGUUUAGAGCUCGUGGAGCUUGCAGGUAGUCUAUGGUCACAGAAAAUCUAUGGUGUAGCUAUAAAAAUAAUAUUAAACUUUCUAGUCCUAUUGUCUCUAGGUAUUUCGUAAUUUCACUUUAUGGAGAUGGCGUAAAUAAUUUAAUUAUUAAAAAUAUAAAAUAAUAAUAAAGAUAUCUGAGUCAUUGUAGAUGGAUGGUUUAUCAAUAAGAACCAGUCAAAUUUUCAAAAUUAUCUAUGCCCGGAACGUGGAAUUUAAAAAACUUCCAAAUAAAAAUUUAUCUAAAAAACAAAAUAAAUCGCCCUCCGUAUGUACAACACCUACAACACCUAAAGCUGGUCGCUUAAUUAGUAUAGAUUUUUAAAAAAUACAUUUGUUGAUAUUCUUCGAAUAACAUCUAUUUAUGUUUGAUCAUCCAAACAUCCUGAGGAAAUUAGGCUGGUGUUCAAACAGCCGUCUACAAAAGUAGGUAGUACACAUAAGUAGAUACCUUCAAUUUUAUUUUUGUAAGUAUUUCUCAUUCCCGUUUUGGACUAAGGUAACUAACUAUAAGGACUAAGACUAAGGUUAUAUUUUUUAUGAUGUACGUACGCAUAUAUAGAUAGAUGUAUGCAUAUGCAUAUAUAGAUAGAUGUAUGCAUAUAUAGAUAGGUAUAUGAUUUUAAUAAAUUUAUCAUUCGUUUUCUUUAUUAACGGGAUAAAUAUUACUUACGUAAUGUGAUAUUAUUAUUUAUUAUAAUAUGGUAUUAAAUUAUAGAUUGUUAAAAUUAAAUGAAACAAAAAUCGUUUAAAAAUAAGCCAGUUUAAUACAUUUAAGACUUCUAAUAAACAGAUAAAUAUAUAUACCUACAGUCGACAAAGCUAAACGUCUUCUAAGUGUCUUCCAUUCGAUCAAAUAUGUCGAAAGAUUAUGUAUAUCUUUAAAUGUAAGUAAAUAUUUUUUGUAAAAUUACAUGAAAAUAGGUAUUACAAAAAUAAUUUAUUCCUUUUUUAUUGUAUCAUUUUUUAUUUCUAUAUAAUUUUGUAUGUAAACCAAUGGUCAGUUUUGUUGACUGUAUUGUAAAAUGUACAAUUGUACAAGCUUGAUUUAAGCCUGCCAUAUUAUAAAGUAAAAUAAAAUACAAUUUUACUGUGUAUUAAAAAAUAUACAGACUAGAAAGUAAUGACUGUUAUAAAAAUAAUAUUCUCGAUGUAUUUUCAUUACAAAACAAUAACCUACAUGUCGUUUAUAAUUUAAAAAAAAAAAACAGAACAAAGAAAUACAUUUCGUCAAUACUUUUACAGUUUGUACGUACUAUCUUUUUUAAACAAUUAUAUUGUUUCAAAAAUAAAUAAUUACACAUGAAUAUGGUUAAUUUUGCCGUUACAACAUUUAAUAUGCAUAUUCACGCAUACAUUUAAAAAUAUAUCUUUGAUGACUAGGCUACAUGUCAGUACAGUCAACAGCAGAUCAACUUAUCCAAAUACAUUGCAAACUCGCCGUUAUAACCGCGACAUAGAAGCUCAUGCAGGCUAACUUGAUGUGCUGUUGACUGUAGCUAUUGUUAAUGUUAUCAGGCAUUAUGAAGAGAUAUUAAGUACUCUAUAUCUUCGUUGUUUUGUACAUCGUACAAGUACUGUUGGCAAAUGUUUAAAAAGAAACAAUGCAAAGUGCAAAUGUCAUUUACACAGUGAUAAUAUUGUAUGAAUUAAAAAUACUAAACUAAUAUUUAAACUAACGUCUAUGGUAAUUAAUUAAAAAUGAAUGUUAUAUUUAAUUAUAAUUUUGUAGUAAAACCAAUAUAAUAAUAUAUAGGUACCUGCUCUCUAUUUCACAGCCUGUCUUAUAUACGUAAAUAUGGCGUUAAGUGGUAAUUUGACAGGGUUGUAUUGGUAUGAUAUUAUAUUGAUAU